GGCCCGCAACGGAUAUCUUGACGGCCCAUUUUUGGGCAAUUGAACGGCAAAAAAACGACCAAAGAGGACAAGAAGAACACUGAUACGAGCUGCAAAAUGAGGUGUCUCACCACUGCCGGGGUCCAAUAUUGGCACGGUCGGCCGCUUCCGGACUACGGCUGGAGAUCUGCCAGAGAGUUCCCGUCGCGGGCAGGCCGUUCAGGGGAGGGUGUUAUGAAAGUGGAUGGCGAUGCUCUCGUCCCACGCGGCUGGGCGUCAAAGGGCCGAUAGGGUGCAUGAAGAGAGUGUGGCAGCCGUGCGUCCAUGUCUUUCAGCUGCGACGCGUCGGCCGCGUGGCUUUGGCUGGACCGGCGUAGGCGUCGAAUGAAAGAGGGAGAAGGGAGCCGCAAUGGCGGUGGCUUGAAACGGCGGCCGGUGGUGGUAGUGGUGAUGGUAGUGGUGGUGCGGGAGGAAGAGCGCAACGGUGGCGGCGUGGCCGAGGCUAGUUUACCACCAGCUAUCACCACGUCGCAUUGCCCAGGGGCUGCGCCGUCGCCGGGGGCGGAAUCGCGUGCGCAGAAGCGGAAGGGGACCAGUGGACGAGGGGGGAGGACUCGGGCAGCCGGUGGUCCUGGUGGGCGGGGACGUUUGGUCGUUGCGCUGGCCGGGCCUCGCGUGGGGCCGCCUGUGCCCGUCCUCAUCGAGUUAAACGGAGCCCCGGGCCGGCCCACACGCCGAGCCUCUCUCUCACCGCUCGACCUCCACGCUAAUUCUCACUAUAGCAUCUUUUUUCUCACCACCACUACCACCCUAACUGUCGCCUGCGCCCACCGGCCAAUGCCAUCGCCAUAUCACCGUGCGCCCGUGCCCGACAUGAGAUCAGCCUGCAUCUUCUGCGCUGGCGGCCAUUGGCCCUGCUGCGCGCACCGCUGCCCAGCGCCGGCCGACCAGACGCCCGGCGUGUGGCCAUACGAAGGCACCGCCCUCCAUGACUAGCCGAGCGAUCCACCGCGUCCCUCUGGCCGGAUCGUCUUGCUUUUCGUCGCAAGGGCCGUUAGUCAUGCAACUCACACCAAUCUCUGUCCCCGACCUGUAUGAUCGUGCUCCUAUUCGUAUGACCGUUUGGCGAAAUGAGGCCCAAGAUG